UAUCACUCUUUUAUGGAAAACAGAUAGUUGUUCCUUGUUGCUAUACUCUUCUUUCACAUAGAAAAUGCUAAUCUGAAGCUCUGUAUCGAGUCUUACAAGCUGAAUAGCCGCAGGCAGGCUUCUUAGUACUUAUUUUUGGAGAAACACUCAAUGGCUGAGCAAGAAGGGAAGAAAUUAAGUGGUAUUGUGAAGUGGUUCAGCUGGCAAAAGGGGUUCGGGUUCAUUGCCCCGGAUGAGGGUGGUCCUGAUCUUUUUGUUCACCAGACAGAGAUCAGGACUGAAGGGUUCAGGACUCUCAGAGAAGGUAAACGAGUCGAGUUCGUGGUGAAUUUGAGUGAAGAUGGCAGGAGCAAGGCUGCUGAUGUAGUUGUUUUACCCGGAGGAGGAGGAGGAAUGAGAGGCCGCGGUGGGAGGAGGGGAUAUGGGAGAGGGUACCGCGAACGCGGUGGUGGUGGUGGCCAGAGAAAUGCAGGCAGUGGAGUAGAGUGUCAUAACUGUGGGCAACUAGGUCACUUUGCGAGGAACUGUUAUGAAGUUGGAGAGGGUGUGAGUAGUGGGAAUGCAGAGUACAGCGGUGAUGGUGGUGGGUAUCGAGGUUAUGGUGGUCGUCGUGGUGGUAGGGGUGGGAGGGGGAGAGGGAGGGUGGAGAGUGGCGGUCCUCGAGUUUGCUACAAUUGUGGCAAGGAAGGGCACUUUGCAAGAGACUGUGUUGAGGAGCCAAAGUGAGGUUUUCAGGUUGAAUUUUAUACAUUGUUGCAAGGAGAUUCUAAUUUUCGGUACUUUAAUCAAAAUGUAAUUGGUUUUUCUUUACGUUAAUCUCGUCCUUUUAAUC